AGAACAAUUAACAAUCAUCUAAAGUAGAAGACGGCAAGAUGAUCAAAAUGAAGAGAGUCGAGAAAGAGAGUGAAGGCUGUGGGGGAGGAGAGAGAAAAGCCCAAAAGGAUCAGAGUUGGAUCCCAAAGAUGAUUAAAAAGAGAGUGUGCACCACCUUUGUGGAGGAUUCAUGCAGUAAUGGAGCUUUAUGUCAGUGUGGUGGAGCACGGGACCUUCAUGUAUCUACAACAGCAGAUGAUCAUGUAGUCGGCCAAUGGGACAGAGCACGGGACACCUCUGAUUAUCCCACUGAUGCCUUUGGACAGCUGGAGUUUGUUGGAGCCGGACGGAGACACUGUCCAUUUCUGCGUCUGUCAUUCGACACCCCUCCUGAUAAUGUGUACUCGCUGAUGACGUCUCAGUGGGGUUUGCCGGUGCCCAAUCUAGUGGUUUCCAUGGUGGGUGGAGAUGAAAAAGAGAUGGCCAAACCCUGGGUUCGAGAAGUGAUCAGACAGGGUCUUGUCCAUGCCGCUCAGAGCACAGGGGCUUGGAUCAUGACGUCAGGUCUGAAGGAGGGUGUUAGCCGUUGUGUAGGUGAGGCCGUCAGGCAUCAUUGUGCAAUGGCUUCAUCUCUUUCUCAGGCUAAAGUUAUUGCCGUUGGUGUUGCACCAUGGGGGUUAAUUUACCAACGUCAUCAACUUGUAAACCCACAGGGUAGUUUUCCUGCACGCUAUUAUGUGCACGACAUGCCCAGUGCUUCGAGCUGUCUGGACAACAACCACCAGGCCUUCCUCUUAGUGGAUGAUGGAAGUGUGGGUCACAGAGGCAGUGAGACAUCAUUCAGAGCCAACCUGGAGGACUUCAUCUCCCAUCAGCGCACUGGCAUCUGGGGAAGUGGAAGCAUUGAGAUUCCUGUUUUGUGUGUGCUGAUUGCAGGAGAUGCUACAAUGCUCGAGAGAGUGGAUUUAUCUCUGAAAAACAGCACUCCAUGGCUGGUGCUGGCAGGGUCGGGGUCUGCAUCAGACCUGAUUGCAGGAAUACUGAAGGACCUCAGCGCUCCUCUGAGUCCACCCGUGAGUCCCACUUUGCAAAGCGACUCUGAGGAAAGCAGCAAGAGCUCCAGCAUUGAGCUCAGGGACCGAGUGAAGGAGAGAAUUAGGAAACACUUCCCUUCUGAGACUGAACUGGACAAGCUUGUGGAUCAGGCUCUCAGCAUCUAUCAUAAUAGAGAUCUGAUCACUAUCUUUCAUGGAGAUGAGGAUGGGUCAGAUGACUUUGACACAAUCAUCCUGAAAGCUCUUGUAAGAGCUGCUAAACGUGAUUCUAAUGAUGCAAGCGAGUACACAGAAGAGCUGAAGCUGGCGGUGGCCUGGAACAGAGUGGAUAUUGCCAAGACUGAACUCUUCAAUGGUGAUGUCCACUGGAGGUAUGAGGACCUGGAGGAAUCGAUGACUGAUGCUCUGGUAAACGACAAGCCAGAUUUUGUGCGUCUGUUUGUGGAAAGCGGCUUAAACAUUUUGGCCUAUCUGACGUACCAUCGUUUGGAAAGUCUUUACAGCUCACUGUCGGACUGUGAUCUGGUGUCCUCAUUCCUCCAAAGGCGGCUGCAGGAGCGAGUGGGCUUAGCUGCCUCUCAGACUCGAUUAACUCCUCAACCUGAUGACAAUUCCUCUUUCAAGAGCCAAGCCACCAACCUUACCACACCAUCUGCUGCUCGAGACCUCACUCUGUAUGAGGUUUCACGAGUGUUAUCAGAAAUUAUGGAAGAUGUCUGCCAGCCAUUUUACUACACGACUCUUGGUUUAGAUCAUAGAGUCAACUCAAGGAAAGCAAUGAAGCAUGUGAAUAAGUUACUGCUAAAUGAGAGUACUUACCGACGGCAGCGUUGUACAUCCCCCUGGAUAUCUCUGUUCAUUUGGGCUGUUCUGCAGAAUCGCAGAGAAAUGUCGCUAUACUUCUGGAAAAUGACUGGAGAGUCUGUACUAAGUGCUCUUGCCGGGUGUAAGAUUUUAAGAGAGCUGUCCAAACUGGAGACAGAGACUGAGACUAAGCUCUCCAUGAAGGAACUUGCUCAAACCUUUGAAAAUCUGGCACAUGAUGUGUUCAGUGAGUGUUACCAGAGCAAUGAGAAACGCUCCUUCAAGCUUCUCAUCAGACAGUCUCCUAUAUGGGGUGGUGCCACCUGUCUGCAGAUGGCCACAUCGGCAGACGCACGCCUCUUCUUCAGCCAUGAUGGAGUUCAGACUUUAUUGUCAGAGAUUUGGUGGGGGGACAUGGACAGCAACACAGAGGUGUGGAAACUGGUCUUCUCAUUUUUCCUGCCUCCAUUCAUCUACACCAAGCUCAUCAAUUUCAAGGUGGAGGAGGCCGAUGAAAAAGCAGAGGACUUUGGUCAGGGUAAAGAAUUUGACAGCACUGAUGGAGCCGAGACAUUGGCUGACAUGACGAACAUGGAUGAAGAUGUGGAGGAAUGCAAUGCUUUAAGAGGAAAACCCAAAGCAUCAAAGGUCAUCGCUAAGAAACGGCCUUUCAUAUUCCAUCGCUGGCGGCAGUUCUGGUUUGCACCGGUCACUUCAUUUCUAGGCAAUGUGUUGAUGUACUUCCUCUUCCUCUUCCUGUUUGCUUACGUCUUGUUGAUUGACUUCAAGCCUCCGCCUCCCGAUGGACCUGCUCCUUUAGAGCUUGUGUUGUAUUUCUGGGUUUUUACGCUGGCCUGUGAGGAAAUUCGACAGUCUUUCUUUGUAGGAUCUACCACUUUAACUCAAAGGAUGAAGGUGUACAUCCAGGAUAUCUGGAACAAGUGUGACAUCACAGCCCUCGGGCUCUUCGUUCUUGGGCUUCUCUGCAGGAUGUUUCCAUGGACAUAUAAUUUCGGUCGUGCAGUUAUGUGUGUUGACUAUACAGUCUUCACACUCAGACUUAUUCAUAUAUUUGCAGUUCACAAACAACUUGGUCCAAAAAUCAUUAUAGUUGGCAAAAUGGUGAAAGAUGUGUUCUUCUUCCUGUUCUUCCUGGGGGUGUGGCUGAUGGCAUAUGGAGUGGCCAAUCAGGCUCUGCUGUACUCCUAUGACUCUCGCCCUGGUUGGGUAGCUCGGCGUGUGUUCUACAGGCCAUAUAUGCACAUAUACGGGCAGAUACCACUGGAUGAAAUUGAUGCUGAUAAGCGACACGACAAACGGUGUACGGAUAAUGUCACUCUCAUCCACGAGGGGGCAGAGCCCUGCCCAGACUCUGAUGCUAAUUGGCUUGUCCUUAUUCUACUGUCAGUCUACUUGCUGGUCACCAAUAUUCUGUUGGUGAACUUGCUCAUUGCUAUGUUCAGUUACACAUUCAAUAAAGUCCAGGAGCGCAGUGAUGUCUACUGGAAGUUCCAGCGCUACAACCUGAUUGUGGAGUACCACUCGCGCCCCUGCCUCGCCCCGCCCUUCAUCAUCAUCUCCCACCUGCAUAUCUUCAUCAAGAGGGUCAUUCAGAGAUUGCCUUCCCUUAAGAGCCAACACUUCAUGUUGGACCUGACAAGCAAAGAGACGAGCUUGUUGAACACAUGGGAAUUGUCACUGAAAGAGAACCUGCUGUCCACGGAGAGCAAGAAGAAAAGAGAGAGCGACACGGAGCGACUCAAACGCACCUCCACAAAGGUGGACAGCGUCUUGAAGCAGAUGGUGGAGAUUCGUGAUCACGAUCGCAGGUUGAGAAAGCUGGAGUCUGAGGUGGAGUACUGCUCUACUGCCCUCUCCUGGAUAGUGGAGGCACUGUCCCAGAGUGAUCUUGUGAAGCAGACUCGUCCACCUCCUUAUCCUUCCAAAGGUAUUGCUUCAAAACGUCCCACAUUUUCCAGAUGAACAUUUUGCCAAUAAUACAUGUACAAAAACAUGGAUUUUAUGAGCUUCAGCUUUUCGACGUGUUCAAACUGUUGUAUCGGAUUUUUUUAUAUUGAUUCAACACUUACAUUGUCAGUUAAGAUUUUGAACUGAUUGAAAGUUAUAAAUAAAUUAUAAUUAUAAAA